AGGCCGCUAGAAGCCUAUUUCGGGUCGGACCUUGCUGGCCGCAACUCUGAGACUGCGAAAAUUAAGGAAAUGUAUGAGAAUAUGAAAACAAGAGUAGAAAAUGUGGUUAAGACAGGAUACAUUACUGAAGAGUACAAAAUUAGCAGUGAGCAUGAAGAAGCUUUUGGCAUAUACAAAACCAAAGAUUUUACCAUACACCAUCAUCCUCCUAUCAUUCAGGUUUUGUCGGAAAGUAGUGAAGAGAAGGAUGUUGGGGGCUGUUGCCUGCCAAAUCUCAUCUAUGUAUCCAGACAGAAGAGCCCCACAUCUCCCCAUCAUUUUAAGGCUGGAGCCCUUAAUGUUCUGCUCCGAGUAUCAGCAGUGAUGACAAAUGCCCCAACAAUUCUGACCUUGGAUUGUGACAUGGUCUCUAAUGAUCCAUCAACACCCCUCAAAAUGCUAUGCUACUUCAUGGACAAUUCAUUCCGCCCCAACUUAGCGUAUGUUCAGUUCCCCGUUUGUUUCAGUGGGUUUAACAAGGCUGACAUUUACAGCUCGGAAAUGAAGCGUGCGUAUCAUAUUAAUCCAAUGGGCUUGAACGGACUGUCUGGCCCUGACUACUUUGGGACUGGUACAUUCUUCAAUCGACGGGCUUUUCAUGGCUGCCCAUCAUCACCGAUUGUGCCUGAAAUCCCUGAAUUAGGCCCGAAUUAUACUGUCGAGAAGCCCGUUAACGAUCGGGCUAUCUUAGAGCUUGCCCAUCAUGUGGCAAGUUGUGAGUAUGAGAGUCAAACCAAGUGGGGCUCCAAGAUAGGGUUUAGGUAUGGCUCACUGGUGGAGGACUACUACACCGGUUAUCGGCUACACUGUGAGGGAUGGAAGUCCGUGUAUUGCAGCCCGGAAAGGCCUGCGUUUUUGUCCGAGAUGCCAAUCGCCCUCAACGACGUGGUAACCCAAACCAAGCGAUGGUCCGUAGGCCUUCUUGAAGUUGCUUUGUCGAAGUACAGCACGUUAACGUUUGGUACACGAUUUCUCGGGCCGUUGAUGGCGCAUUGUUAUUCUUACUAUGCUUUCGGGCCCAUGUGGUCUUUUCCUAUUAUGGUCUAUGCAUUCCUCCCUCAAACUACCAUGCUCAACAAUUUCUCCAUUUUCCCGAAGGUAUCUGAGUCGUGGUUUUUCUUGUAUGUGUUCCUAUUUCUUGGGGCCUAUGGACAAGACUAUGUGGAGUUCGUCUUAGCCAAAGGCACAACCCUAAGGUGGUGGAGCGAUCAAAGAAUGUGGCUCAUACGAGGACUUUCGUCCGACUUGUUUGGAACGUUAGAAUACAUAAGCAAUCACUUGGGCAUCGCCACAAGAUCAUUCAAUGUGACCAGCAAAGUAAACGACGACGAACUGAAAAAGAGGUACGAUGAAGGGAAGUUCGAGUUUGGAGUUCCCUCUCCCAUGUUUGUGCCAUUAUCGACCGCUGCAAUCAUAAAUUUAGCCGCAUUUUUCUGGGGAUUUUCACAAGUCUUGAGCGGGAGACAUAACUUGGAUGAAAUGUUUGUCCAAAUGGUUCUUGCAUGUUUUGGGACGGUGAAUAGCUGGCCGGUUUAUGAAGCCAUUUUCUUGAGGACAGAUAAAGGAAGAAUGCCUGCCAAGAUUACCCUAAUCUCUGUUUUUCUUGCAUGGGUUCUCUUUUCAGUGGUUUCUUUUAUUACAAAGAUGUAAAAGUGGGAGGGGAGAAUAAGGUUGGGUUUAGAACUAGAAUAGUAGUGACUUGUAAUAAUCACUUUUCGUGCACAAUGGUCAAUUGAAAUCUCAAAUUCAGAUGACCAAAAGUCUGUACAUCCUUGAAUUGUUGGAUAAGAACAUUUAGAUGUAAUUUGUAGUGUGUUGGUUU